AUGCCAACCCGAAGAAGCCGAGCGCUGGCAGCAUGUCUCUACUGCCGCGAGAAAAAGCAGUUUCUUCAAAGACGAAAUUCGAAUUUUGCAAAUGAAUCUUCCUUGACGCAACCCGAGGCCGCCUUAGCUGCGAUCAGUCCAACGCGAAACCAACUCACAGUCUCUCCGCCUCAAAAUGCUGGGCUUUCGCCAAUUGAUUAUCCCUCCAGUCGGGGAAGUCAUCCAGAAGUACCAGAUGGUGAUCAUCGUCGCAAUAGUAUAUCAUUGUACCAUGGUCCAACCAGCGCAGUCUACGAUGAUACCGUGAACUCAGGAGCUGGAGACGAGAACGCGGAGUUAUCCAACUCUUUUAUUGGAGAUGAAUGGACUCGUCGCCUUCUUUUCGCAGAAACAGCAAGACAAAACCUCACAGGACAACUGGAACCCCUCAACCUUGCAGCAGGAAAGCUCGAUUUCGAUGAAGUCGACCCCGAAAUUGGGAUGCGUUUACUCUCAAUCUACUGGAGCCGCCAGCUCUACACGGCUCAGAUCAUCUACCGACCAGCUUUCAUGCGUGACAUGGCCUGCGGCGGGCCAUAUUUCUCCAAAUUGUUACUGAACGCCAUCUUUUUCACCGUCUCCAAGCAUUGCUUACGACCGGAGAUUCGAUCAGACCCAGAGGACAUCACUACGGCGGGAUGGAAAUACCGCCAGCGAUUUACAGAGCUUCUGCGAGACAAUUUUGAUAAAAGUGAGAUUACGACUCUUCAGGCAUUGCUCAUCAUGUCAAAUUCGCUCUUCUCGCGAUGUGACGAGCGAAGUCUUUCUUGGUUAUAUGCUGGGAAUGCUUUCAAUAUGAUCAUAGAUCUUGGACUUCACGUGCUUCCUUCGUCGAACAAAUUGUCUGCAGAGGGGCUUGAAGUCCGGAAACGGGUCUUAUGGGGCGCAUAUUCAAUUGAUAAAAUUCAAUGUCUUUAUCAAGGAAGACCUCCACUCCUUCGUCAAAUCAACUUCAAAGCCUCUCUCAAUUUUCUGGAUGAAUACGAUGAGCUUGAUUCUUUCCAGGAUAUUAGCUACAAUUCAGUGCACCAUGGACCAGCCUUACCCUCACUGAACGUGUCUUUAUUAACGAAACUCUGCGAACUUUCCACAAUCACAGAACGUAUUCUCUGUGAAUUUUACUCCGAAUCUCAUUCCAUGAACCAAAGUCAAAGCCAAAAGAUUUCAAAAGACAUCAACUCUGAUCUAAGCAAAUGGCGACGAAGCUUACCACCCCAGCUCGACUACCUGCUUCACCCCUCCGAAUCUGUCCCCCUUCCACAAUCAUUUUGCCUUCUCGCGCUCUCGAAUGUCCUGAUAAUCCUCUCCCAACGGUCCCUCUUUACCGGCCACAAUCGGCCCCCUAAUAACGCAACAGCCUACGAAUCCGUCAACAUCUGCACGACCGCCGCAAACCAGAUCGUGCAAAUCCUGCGCGACUAUUCCCAAAAUUUCUCAAUCCGAACAGCGCCCUAUAUGCUCUCCUACGCGACUUACAUCAGCGCAACAAUUCACGCACGAAUAGUGGCACAAAAAGGCCGUAACUCGAAUUCAUUCCAGUCACUUAUGCUUUGUCGAAAUGUUUUACGGGAACAUCAGUGUUUGUACAUGGCGGCUGGGAAGGCGGGGGCAAAUCUUGAUAGACUGAUUGCCCGUUUGGGAAUUGAAAUUGGAGAUACAGUACAGGGUUGGAAUGGUGGACCCGGGCGUGAUGGGCAGGCUGAAGAGGUUAGGCCAGCUAUUGAGCGAGCGUGUUCGGCAGAGGGUGUGGAAAUGGAGAGCCCACAUUUGAACUGGGAAUUGUCGGAUCUCGAUCUUGAAGCUAUUGCACAGGGGUUUCGGCUUGAUGGAGAGUUGCAUUAUCUUAUGCAUCCAGUUGGGAUUUAG